UUAGCUUGAGAGAGAAGAACUAGCUAGACAGGCGACAACGGUGAGGAAGGCACCGUAGAGACGAGGACGACGGCGGCGAUGAGGUCCCUCUUCCUCCCGAUCGCUCUGGUGGUCCUGCUGGCCGGCGCCGCGGCGGCGCCGCGGGGCGCGGACGGCGAGUGCGGGGAGGCGCGGCCGGACCACCUGGCGCUGAAGCUGGCGCCGUGCGCGUCGGCGGUGGAGGACCCGGGGUCCGCGCCGCCGGCCAGCUGCUGCGCCGCGGUGCGCGACGUCGGGCGGCGGCACAGCCCCGGGUGCCUCUGCGCGCUGCUGCUGUCCGACACCGUGAGGCACUCCGGGGUGGACCUGGGCGCGGUCAUCACCAUCCCCAAGCGCUGCAACCUGGGCAGCCGCCCCGUCGGGUACAAGUGCGGCGAGUACACGCUGCCUGGCCUGCACGAGUGAUGGCAUAAUUAGGCUGCGCCACUGACGCUGCUGGUGUUCUACGGCCUACGAAUAAAAUGACACUAGCAGAGGAAUGAAGCAAGGAUUGUGACUUUACGCAUGGGACAAAACAGCAUGAUGAAAAGUUGAAAAUGGUGUGCUUGCAACUCAUGUUUGCGAUGAUGUCAGAGCGUGCUGAAAUGCUGCUCGGUUUGUAAAAGUAAUUAAGCACAUGCGAGCUAUAUUUGAGAGCUACAUCUUUGCAAUAAGUACGU